CUCGCCGGGACCACAACCGUUUGGCGUCAGUUUAGUCGCAUACUUCGCUGGUUGAAGAUCGAUUCCGGUGUGCCUUCCCUUGCUCUACCUGUAUCUGUUGCCGAGAGGAAUUUCUGUGGUGCUAUCAGUUUAGUGUUUGUCUAAAUCAACUUGAAAAAAAACCAGAAUGGAUUUCUACUAUCUGCCAGGAUCUGCACCGUGCCGAGCCGUUCAAAUGACGGCCGCAGCCGUUGGCGUCGAGCUGAACCUGAAGCUUACCGACCUGAUGGCCGGGGAGCAUCUCAAGCCGGAAUUCCUUAAGAUCAACCCGCAACACACCAUCCCUACCCUGGUGGACAACGGAUUUUCACUGUGGGAAUCCCGUGCCAUCAUGUGCUACCUGGUGGAGAAGUACGGCAAGGAUGAUUCCCUCUACCCGAAGGACCCCGUGAAGCGUGCCCGGGUCAACCAGCGGUUGUACUUCGAUAUGGGAACGCUGUAUCAGCGGUUCGGUGAUUUCGUCUACCCGCAGGUUUUCGCCAAGCAGCCUCCGAAUGCGGAAAACGAAAAGAAAAUGCUGGAAGCGAUCGAGUUUCUGGAUAAGUUCCUCGAGGGGGCCAAGUAUGUGGCUGGUGGCGACUCCCUUACGAUUGCAGAUCUGAGCAUUCUGGCUACGGUAUCCUCGUUCGAGGUCGCAAAGGUUGACCUAAGCAAAUAUCCGAAUGUGGCCGCUUGGUACGAACGGCUCAGCGAGGAAGCUCCCGGUACCGAGAUCAACAAGGCUGGCCUUGAGGAGUUCAAGAAGUUUUUCUGAAAGUUGACCGGUGUUAAGUUUUAUUGUAGAUACGUACGUGUUCAAAAUUUUUAAUUGUUUUUACUGGUAAACGACACGUUUCAUGUAUGGAUUGUUACCCAAUAAAAUAAAUGGUUAUCAUCUAAAAUCAUA